CCCUCCAAAAUCCAAACCUUUGUUUCUCACAAUGAACCCAAACGAUGAUAACUCUCCCAAACUCUCAUCACCCUUCAAUGAUUCCGCUCCCACGGAGCUUGAAGGGUCGUCAAUGGCGCCGCAGCCACUGGAGAUUUUGCAAAUGAGCCCUGUUCCGCCGUUUCUGACCAAGACUUUCGACUUGGUGGAUGACCCGUUUCUCGAUCCGAUUAUCUCGUGGGGCUCCAAUGGUGGGAGCUUCGUGGUGUGGGACCCUCUUGAGUUUUCGAGACUCGUUUUGCCUCGCCAUUUCAAGCACAACAAUUUCUCCAGCUUCGUUCGCCAGCUUAAUACUUAUGGAUUCCGCAAGAUUGACGCCGACAAGUGGGAGUUUUUUAAUGAAGCUUUUCAGAGAGGGAAGAAGCACUUACUGAAGAACAUCCAACGGCGCAGGUCAACUCAAUCCCAGCAGGUUGGAAGCUACAUUGGAUUUUCUACUGAUGCUGGGAAGUCUGGAGUUGAGGUUGAGAUAGAAAAGCUUAGGAAGGAGAGAAGUAUGUUAAUGCAAGAGGUGGUUGAUUUGCAGCAACAACAGCGAAAAACGGUUCACCAUGCAGGAGAAGUGAAUCAAAGGCUCCAAUCUGCAGAACAAAGGCAGAAACAAAUGGUUUCUUUCUUGGCUAAGUUGUUCCAAAACCCAGCCUUUUUAGCGCGCCUUAAGCAUAAGAAGGAUCCGAGAGAAAUAGAUUCUCCAAGAGUGAUAAGAAAGUUUGUCAAGCAGCAACAACAUGAAACAGGAACAGCUGAAACUUCCAAUGAUGGGCAGAUAGUGAGGUACCAACCUGAUUGGAGAAAUAUAGCCAUGUCUUCUGAAACUCAAGAACCAAGUCCAGUUUCCAUUGAGCAGUCCCCUAACUACCUUUCACAGGGUUUGGCAGGAGAAAUGAGUGUAGGGGCAGAAGAUUUUACUGCUGAGAUUGAGAACAUUGUAUCAGAUGAUUUUGCUGCAGUGCACGGGAUCAUGUCGUCUCCAGAAAUCAUUGGAGAAGUAUCAUCUAGCCUUGGACCUGAAGACACCCUUUUCAGAGGGAAAAGUGUUGUGAGCCCAAAUCUUGAAAUUCCUUCAGAAUAUUUUGCUUCCUUCCCUGAGGUUUUGACUAAGGAAAAAGGCUUUCUUGAGUUUUCUGCCCUUGGAACUGAAGGCAUUGUCAAUCAAGAAGAUAUAUGGAACCCUGGCUUCAAUGUUAGUGGUGCUGCUUCAUGCUCUGGGAAUGAGAUGUGGUGCAAUCCUAUCAAUUAUGAAGCUCCAGAAUUUGGAGUCACAAGUGAUAUGUGUGAGUCAGACAUGUGGGAUAUUGGCUCAGGAAGUUGGGGUAUUGAUGCAUGGCCAGCUGAUGAACCUUCUCUUGGUGAAACAGAUGGUCAAGCUGGUCAACCAAAAGAUGAUAGGCCUAAGAAUGUUGAUCCAUAGGGGCUUCAUCUGCUCCUCCACUUGUUGCCCUUGGGUACUUGCUAUGUUUGUGGUUCCUAGGGGUUAUAUUAUGCAUAAUUUAAUUUAUAAACAGUAUUCAUUCACCUGCUUUCAUUGUUUGUUCACUUCACUUCCCAAUUUUUUUAUUCUUUUGGAUUAAUUCAAUGAUUGUCCAUAUUUUUCUUUGUAAAUUGUAAUCGUGUAAUUAUUGGCAACUU